AUGGCCUCCGGACAGAGACUGCUCGGAUGGCACUUAAGGAUUCUGCUUAGCUUGGCGGCAUUCAGCCUGCUAACUUCAGCUGAAUCCGUGUCACGAAUCAGACGACAAGUCACAGAUACCGCAGGCGAAGACAUCAACUUUGGCGGAGGUGACCCUGAGGAAAACGGUCAGCCUCCAGAAUAUAGCGUCAAAGGUCCUGGUCCCUAUUUCCGAGGUCAAGAUGUCCAAGGUCCUCGUGGUCCGCCGGGUGAGGUUGGCCCCCCUGGUCCCCAAGGUCCGCAAGGCCCGAUGGGGCCCCCGGGUCCACAAGGACCUCCCGGUCCACCUGGAAACGAUGGAGUUCGUGGGCCCCGUGGACCACCUGGUGAACCUGGAGCCGAUGGAAUCAACGGAGCCGAUGGCGAACAGGGCCCGCCUGGUCCGCCCGGCCCGAUUGGACCACCUGGUCCCAUGGGCAUCAUCGGAGCUACUGGCACGCAAGGUCCUGCCGGUCCCAUGGGUCCAAAGGGCGACAAAGGCUCACCCGGUGCGGACGGACCCAUGGGUGAACGCGGUCCCGUAGGCCCACGUGGCCCCACUGGUCCUUCUGGCCCACGAGGUCUCACUGGUAUUCCCGGACCACAAGGUCCAAUAGGUCCUGCUGGAAUGCAAGGCGCCGACGGGACAAUGGGUCCCACUGGACCCCCCGGUCCACGUGGUCCAUCUGGGAGUGUUGGCAUGACUGGUCCAGUUGGUCUCAAGGGUGACGCUGGUGAAGUCGGCCCAAUUGGUCCUAUGGGUGAACAGGGAGAAGCUGGUGCCGAUGGAAUCCCUGGUGCUCCUGGCGAAUCCGGUGAAAUAGGUUUGCCAGGCAAGGAUGGUCCCGUAGGAGCAAAAGGAGAACAAGGUCCACCUGGUCCCGUAGGUUCUCCCGGCUUAGCCGGACCACGUGGUCCUUCUGGACGUGCAGGUUUCGUCGGGGCUCCUGGCCUGCGUGGUGACCAGGGUCCCCCCGGCCCUCAGGGUCCGGUCGGUGCUCCAGGCGCAGCUGGCAGCGUCGGCGAUGCCGGAGAACGCGGACGUCCUGGCCGCCCCGGUGACAUCGGCAAGCCUGGUCUUCGUGGACCACCCGGUCCAUCCGGCGAACGUGGCGACAUCGGUUCCCCCGGCUCUCCUGGUAUUCCUGGAACUCCAGGUAUUGAUGGGCUGCCUGGCCAACCCGGUGUGGCAGGUAAGGACGGUGAGCCGGGACCCAUGGGUGCUCGUGGUCCACCCGGUCCUCCUGGUUCCCCCGGAAAACCCGGCGAAGUCGGUCCACAUGGUUACCCUGGUUCCCGAGGUCGCGACGGAGCUCCGGGACCACGUGGUGACGUCGGUGAGCGCGGACCUGAAGGAAAACCCGGUGAAGAGGGUUCACCCGGUCCCGAUGGUCUUACGGGCCAGCAGGGACCCUCCGGACCUUCUGGCCCCUCGGGUCCCCGAGGUGAGCGUGGUCCACAAGGCGAGCGAGGUGAUGCCGGUGAAAAGGGCGAUAAAGGUUCCCGAGGUCCGGUAGGUCCCCGUGGUGUCCGUGGAAAGCCUGGAGCUCCUGGUUCUGAGGGUCCAAGCGGUCCUGAUGGUGAGGCCGGACACGAGGGUCCGGUUGGACCUGCUGGACCAUCUGGACCUCCUGGACCCGUGGGACCCCCUGGAAACAAAGGUCCCUCAGGUCGAGAUGGGCAGGCUGGUGAGGCUGGCAACAUUGGACCACCUGGACCUCCUGGGCCUACCGGAGAACCAGGACGUCCUGGUGAGCGUGGUGAGGUUGGUCCUCAAGGAUAUCCAGGCCUUCCUGGUGCCAAAGGUCCUAGGGGAAAGAUGGGACCUCAGGGCAAUCUUGGACAAGCUGGUAUCCAAGGUCCUUCUGGUGCUCGCGGAAUGCCAGGACCUCGAGGAAGGAAGGGACCAGCUGGCAAACCAGGUCCCGACGGACCUCCGGGUCGCGAUGGGAAUCGCGGCCCAGCUGGCCCGCCCGGUGAAGAAGGCCCUCGAGGUGCUACCAUGAUCCAAGCUCCUCGGAUUACACUCACGGGACCCCCUGGACCUCCUGGUGAUACUGGCUACAUGGGAGCUCAGGGUCCAGUCGGUCCUAUUGGUCCUCCUGGUGACGUGGGUGCAGCUGGACCACCAGGAGCCAAUGGAGAAGAUGGACCUCCUGGUCCAGAAGGGCCCCGGGGCCGUGACGGCCUUGAUGGGGCUCCUGGUCGGCCGGGCAAACGCGGCCGUCCUGGACCUCGUGGACUUGAUGGCCCACCUGGUCCCGACGGUUUGCCAGGCGACGAUGGACCAAUGGGACCCCGCGGCCCCGAUGGACCAAUGGGAGCGGCUGGUGAACGAGGACCCCCGGGCCCCGACGGAGCACCAGGUGAGGACGGAGCUAAGGGACCCACUGGCCCCACCGGCCCAAUUGGUUUCCGCGGUCCCGCCGGACAUGCUGGCAAGGACGGUGCUAAAGGUCCUGUAGGUGAUGCUGGUCCUGAUGGCCCCAAGGGCCCACUGGGAACAGCCGGACCCCUUGGAAUAGAUGGACCCCCAGGCCCUCAGGGCAAACCUGGUCAAACUGGUCGUACGGGUCCACAAGGUCGACAAGGCCCUGCCGGUAAACCUGGUGCGCAAGGCAAGGCCGGAAUAAAAGGUAAACAAGGAAACGAGGGUCCCGCGGGCCCCGCAGGACCUCCAGGUCCGCCUGGUCCCGCUGGUGAACCAGGUGAUGUAGGUCCCAUGGGUGAGGGGGGUCCACAAGGUGUCCAAGGUCAACCUGGAGAGCGUGGUCCUCAAGGCCCACAGGGUGAAGCAGGUCAACCUGGUCCAGACGGUCCACAAGGUCCAACUGGUCCUAUUGGCCCAACUGGUCCUGUCGGUGACCGUGGAGAACCUGGAACCGAUGGAGUUGAUGGACAGCCCGGGAAACCUGGUGAGCGCGGCCCACAGGGUUACCCCGGCCGCGCAGGAUUCGAUGGUCCCUCAGGCCGUCCUGGAAAAGCCGGACCAACUGGACACAAGGGGUGGAUGGGUCCUCCUGGUGACAGUGGACCGAAAGGUCAGCGUGGCGCCAAAGGUCCUCCAGGAUCUAGGGGACAUCAAGGUCCAACUGGCCUUCCUGGUGAACAGGGUUCACAAGGCUUUGAAGGACCAGUAGGCGAAGUUGGUUAUCAGGGUGAUCAGGGUCCAACAGGUCUGCCUGGGCCCGCUGGUCGAGAUGGUCCACAAGGCCCAGCUGGACCAGUUGGUAAUCAGGGACCUCCAGGACCUCCUGGCCCUCCAGCUAUCACUUACGACAUGGCUGUCAAUGAUGACGCCGCUCAGGCCCAAUUUAUUGGCACUGACAGUAUUGAUAAACCUGACGGCUCACGAGGACUGCCAGCAAGAACCUGCAAACACUUAGCAAAGGUCAAUCCACAUUUGCCGGAUGGUUAUUACUGGAUUGAUCCGAAUUCGGGAAGCAUUAAAGAUGCAAUCGAAGUCUACUGCCACAUCCAAACCGGUGAAACCUGUGUGUCGCCAUCUACUGAAGAGUUUGACGGCAAAACGUAUGACCAAGCAGUACCCGGCGAGGAACAUUGGUUCAAUGAACUUCAGGGCGGCAAACUGUUCACAUACAACGUCCCAGGGGACCAACUUGCAUUCUUGAAGAUGCUCAGUUCCAAGGCCAAACAGAAUGUAACAGUAAUGUGCCGUCAGUCAUCACAGGACGAGGCGCGCCUGCUUUCUGACAACGAUCGGUAUUUCUCGCGCAGUGGGGAGCUCUUCCGCUACAAUGUUGUCCGAGACGAAUGCAAAUUCAUGAAGGAUACUUACGGCUACACUGUAAUGGAGGUAAUGACUCGGCCGCAAAGACUUCCAGUGCGCGAUGUCUCCUUCAGUGACGUAGGGGGCAGUUCAAAGGAAGUUGGCGUGAAAUUGAGUCCAGUGUGCUAUGCCUGA